UUUUAAUCCCUCGAUUUUCCCUUUCAAAAUUUGUAGGUCUUCCACGUCAAUAGGACUUUGUGGAGGUCUCCAGGGUGAGGUAUUCUGGCGUGUCUUCAGGGUUGACCUCAAGUAAGCAUUAAAUGUUUCUUCAAACAAUUUUUUCUUAAUAGGAGCAUUACUUCCCCCCCCCCCCCCCCCCCCCCCCGUUUUAUUUUUUCUUAAACAGUUUUCAGUCUGCUCUAAUUUUGGCACUUCCCCUUUCAUUUCCAUCAUCUCAUCUUCAUACGCGCAUAGUUUUUUUUAAAAGUCUUGCCAUUUAUAUUGAGUCCAUGUGUUUGUUAUAGUGUGGUAAUUCGAUAAUGUGAGUGAAUGGUAAGUAGCAAAAAAAUAUUUUAGUAUGUAUUAAGACUAAAUUUAUUUUUUCACUUGUUUGCCCUACUCCAAUAAGUUGGAGUUUUUACAACGGUCAAUUUCCUUAUUUUUUUCUUUACUGUUUUUCGUCCGCUUUUGAAUUUUGCUUUUUUUCUCUAUUUUCAAUUUCGAAUCUACCUUUAGCCCUUUCUGGGAAUAUUUUGUAACACACAUUGCUCCGACCUCAGGAUCUGUUACCUCGGGACCCGAGGUUAAAAAAUUCUCUCUAAAAAUAGGUCCAUGACUGAAAAGACGGGACUGAGGCGUUCCCUACCCGCAGAAUUAGCCAACGCAUAAUUUAAGGAGAUAAAGCAUCGCCUGUUUAUGAUUUCUCAAUCGUGGCAGACGACAAUCAUGAUUUAAUAUGUUUAAUCACUUUAUUAAAUUUUUUCAUAUAAAACUUUGUCACCACAUGCCUUCCUUGUGAUUUAGGGACCGGUGGUCUUGAUAAUGUCGGCCAUUGCUGCUUGAUGGCUUGACGAAAAUCAAUAUUGAUUAUUCACUUUUUGGCUGGAAGGAGAGCGGUUGGUUUUGAGGGGUUGGAGGAUAAGGAGGAAAAGGCGAAUGUAGAAGAGGUGGUUGGAGGGGGUCGGACUUUUCUCAAUAACAAACAGCACACACAAACGCAGUCCCUGCAAAGGACAAAUGGGAAUGUGAAUUAUGGGUGGAAGGGGAAAUGGAUGAUGAUGGUGAAUAGCAAAAAGCCAACUAUGCGCUUUUUUACACUUUUUAAUGAAAAAUAAGCACUUUGUAACUUCAUAAAAAUAUGCCAUUUAAGUAUUACAGGAGCAAUCGAGACGAACUCCAACUGAUCAACAGUCUCCUCGUUCUUCGAGUUUAAAUUGCUGACAGCUGGCUGACAUGAGUUCCACGUUUUCAACAAGAUCAAGUAUGUAGUUGAGGAUUUUGUCUACAAAUUUCGCUUACAGAGCUGAUUCCCUAAAGGGUUAAGUUUAAAAUGAGAUGCUUCAUUGUGCCUACUCUGGCCAUUUUUUCAACACACAAACAAAAUUUAUUUUGUCAUUUUCUGGCAAUACAUACUAUACCUUUUUUAAAAAUCUAAGUAACGGCAGCAAAACAUUAAUGCUUGUUUUUCUUUGCCGACUCCUUACAUAUUCAUAUUAUGUUUGUUGGAUGCUUUGGACUCUAUACAAUUAGGAGACUUCGCAAUUUGAUAAUCAAUAAUUUUUUUUAUUUCGGUCCUCACUUUAUGUACUAUAUUUGCUCUUACACACCCGCAUUAGUUGUCGCCAUUGUAGUCCUACUCUUUCAGCUUGCGUUCUUUUUUACUUCUUAUCCCCAAUUCUCCAAUCCAAAUUCCGAAUAA